UGGAUCUAAUAUUAUUUUUGACACUGAGAGAAGCUUUUCACAUCAAGAUCUUACAACAACAAAAACAUAUAACAACAAAGCUGUCUCUAAAACCAUGCCUAAAAGAGGAGGGUUUGGUGAUGAGGAACUAAGGAUAGUGGUUAUUGGGAGCAGUGGUCAAUCUCAGUUCUUUCUCACCAACUUCAUUUUGGGACGGGAGGAAUAUUCUGAAGAUGUCUUCAGCAUUUCGGGCAGCCAGAAAAAUUUGGGAGAGCUGGAAGGAAGACAGGUUGCGGUCGUCAAUGCACCAAACCUGUAUGACGAAGAGCUGUCCAAGUCCAAGAUGAGAAAAGAGAUGAGAAGAUCCAUGUGCUUGUCGACUCCUGGACCUCAUGCCAUUCUCUUAGCUUUCGAUCUGGAGAAAAUCUCCUCUAAUGACAUGAACACUCUCAAACUGGUUAUGAAGCAAUUCGGAGAGAAUGUCCUGAAUUACACCAUGAUCCUCCUGGUUUACGACGGGCAGCUGAGAGGCAGAGCGCUCCAUGACAAGGUCAUGAGAAGCGACUGUCAUCUGACAGAGCUCGUCGAGCAGUGCAGCUGCUGUUAUCACGUCUUCAGUAAGAACUGGAGAAAUCGUGCUGGAAGCAGAGAGCUGUUACAUAAGAUUGAGCGGAUGCUAGAGGCUAUGGGGGGACACUACUACAUCAACAGGUCUUACAAGAAGGCGGAGGAGAGUGUCAGGAACGAGGAGAGAAAGCUACGGAGUAAGAGACAGGCUGAGACAAAGAGGACACACCGGGAAUUGGAAAAGCAAUUUCAAGGGGACGAGUUGCGCUGGCAAAAGGACCUCUACAAUGCGAGUGUAGGGGCAGAAAUCAGGGCCACGGCAGAGAUGGAGAACAGCUGGCUCAGGACUUCACUGGCCAGAGGGUUGGGACUGGGGUUUGUAGCUGGAGCAACUAUGGGAAUGAUAGUGGGCUCCGUGGAAGGGCCACCAGGAAUGGUAGUGGGAGGAGCUGUGGGAGGAGUUGUGGGCGGAGUAUCAGGUGCUGCUGUCCAGUUAGCCAUUGAACACCUAGACGACAGAGUGGGACCCCAUGCGACCAGUUUUAAUUCAGCUUUUGUUAAUCGCUUCUAUCGGGCACCGAAUAUCUGAAUAUGAAAGCUGUGUUUUUGUGUUUAUUAAAGGAAUAUUCCGGCUUCAAUACAAGUUAAGCUCAAUCAAAAGCAUUUGUGGCAUAAUAUUGAUUACCACAAAAAUGUAUUUCGACUCAUUCCUCCUUUUCUUAAAAAAAAGCAAAAUUCUGGGUUCCAGUGAGGCACUUACAAUGGAAGUCAAUGGGGCCAAUUUUUGGAGGGUUUAAAGACAGAAAUAUUAAGCUUAUCAUUUUAUAUAAGAACUUACAUUAAUUCUUCUGUUAAUACUUGUGUAUUAUUUGAGCUGUUAAGUUGUUUACAUCAUCUUUUAGGGUUGUAACUUUGUAAAAAAACUUUACACCAAAAAGGUUAGUAAGCGAUUUUAUCACACUAAAAUUAUGUAAACACACAUAUUGAUUACGUCUUGUGGCUAUACUUUUGAAAUAGUGAGUAUUUUAGCGUUUAUGGUUUGGCCCCAUUCACUUUCAUUUUAAGUGCCUCACUGUUACCUCGAGGGACAGGUUGAACAUUAAUUUUGGUGCCAAAAAUGCUGUCGAUUGAGCUUGACUUGUAUUGAACCCAGAAUAUUCCUUUAAAGAAUAACACAGCACUCAUGGACUGAAUUAACUUUAUUAAGAGAGGAAAUGCUUGCCACCUCUGAUAGAAACACACAUUUUUAGGUCUGAAAUAAAGGGUAAAAAUGAUAUUAUGGUUCUACUAUAAAACUGUAAUCUUUAUUGUAGACUACAGAUAUGCCUCUGCACAUAAUUCAGCCAUAUGACUUCUCUAGCAUAAAUAUAUGUUUUCUAUUAAAGCAUAUUUCAAUACACUCUUUGAUACACUAUAACUUUUACAACAA